AAAAUGUCUAGUAAUUCAAGAAUAAACCCAUUUGCUAAAUUCCAAAAGAAAGCCCCUCAGUUAGCCCCUCAGCAGUCAAAUGACCAAGCUGAUACACCAGCUGAAUCUGAGGGAGCAAUAGAGAACCAAGAGAAUACUGAAAAUAACAAAGAAAUUGAGAAUAACUCAACUGACAACAUUGAAGUUAAGAAGGAAGAUGACUCUUCACAUCAACCUCCAGAGCCCGUCAGCUCUGGUGGUAAAGAUAAGGAGGAUGACGACCCUCUUGACCAAAUCAAUGGGGAUAAUGACGAUCAAUCCCUAGACUUUGGGAAUGAGCCUAGUCAACAACAAGAGCCUCCAAGAUCGGAGAAAUCUAUAGAAAAACCUGACGACCAGGAUAAACAAGAAGCGUCCAACACACCUGAAGCUUCUAAUGAUCCUGGAGCUCCUAAUGAUCCUGUAGAUGAUGAAGCCCAGAAACAGGAAGUCAAUUCACAAGGCGAAGAAAAAGAAAUGUCAAAGAAGGAAGAUAAUGAGGAUCAGAAUAACAUCGUUAACAUCGUAAAUUCGGAUGAUAAUAUGUUCAAUCAGAUUGAGAACAGUGAAGAAGACAAUCAAAAUGAGAGCCCUUCAAAUAUGAACCAAUCCAGCGCCAAGCUUAACCCAGAUGAAAGCAAGGAUUCCAUUGCUGAAUAUGAGCGUAUAAUCAGCGAAAAGCUUGAGAAGAAGAGGAAAGAAGAACUUAAGAAAGCUUCUGACACUAUGAAAAACAAGUUAGUCAAGACUGGUAGAUGCCCUGUAUGUACCCUGAGUCCUCCCUGAAACCACUAUGCUACACUUGAAGAGAUUGUAGCUGCCAAUAAGAAGAUGAACAUGUCUGCGAAUAAGUCUAAGAAAAGUCUGAACCAGUCAACUCAUUCUCAAUCUGCUCAGAAGCAGGAUCUGCCAAAGCCACUGCGCAAGAAGAUCAUCCAGCAUAAGGCUAGAAUGAACAGGAGUAAUCGAAGGAAUCCCAAGAAAAGUAUUGAUAAAGGAAAUGAUGGAUUUCCUGCGAUCCAUGAUGAAGAUUUCGAAACUUCUGGAAAUGAUAAACUAAAUAGCACCCAAAUAACCCCUCUUAACAACACUGAUGAGGAUAUCGAUCCGAACGAGAAACGUUUGAAUCACUCUUUAUACGGUGUGCCGAAGAGAAGAAUGUUCCGCAAAAAGAACUAUGCCCAAAGAUUGCACUCCCAUAACAAUAGAACAAAAAUGAGAAUACAGGGCAAGAAUGCAGCCCAGUCAGAGAUCCGCUACGUAGACAUUGAGAAGUCCCUCAAAAAACAAAAAGAGCAUCAAGAAAGAAGGCGCUAUAUCCUCAAGGCUCGCCAGAGACACAAAAUUCAGGAGAGGAUCGAGAAGUAUCGUGAGGAGAAGAUCCAGCGAGAAAUAGAGUUACUCGAAGAAGCCAAGCGCCUCGAGGCCGAGGAGAAGCACCGUGAGGAAGUUCGUGAAGAAAGAAGACAAAAAUACCUUGAGAAGCAGCGUAAAUAAGCUGGAGGAUUACUUCCAAGAAAAAGAGAAAAAAGAAAAAGAAGAGGAAGAGAAGGAGCGCAAACAAGAAAAUAAAAGGCUCAUGGUAGAGAAGCGUAGAAAAGCUCACUACUCCCAACAGAAAAGGAUGAUAGAAGAGUUCUCAAUGAAGAAGAAAAUGACAGAGGACAUUCUCAAGAUCUCCAAGAAACCUAAGAAUACAUCUGACAACGGUGGCUUUCUCUUUAGUGACUCUUACAUGAAGAAGAAGGUCGGCAAGCAGCCCAUGAAUAAGCACAGAAAGGACAAAAAUCAUACAGAUUUAGGCAUGAAAUCAGGCAGUGAGCAAGAAGUAUUUGUGAAGGAUAACUCAGAUGAUAACCAAGAUGACAUUUCAUCUCCAGACCCUCAGCAGGUAAAAUAAUAUUAU